AUGGCUGUACAACAACCCCCCUGGUCACUCCCUACUCAGAAAGCUUCAGAGCCGGUUCUCAAGCUCUACAACUCGCUUACAAGGACAAAAACAGAGUUCAUUCCGAACGAAGGUCGUCAUGUCAAGUGGUACAACUGUGGGCCGACUGUCUAUGAUUCCUCGCAUAUGGGCCAUGCAAGGAACUACGUCACCCAGGACAUUCUGCGCAGGAUCAUGACGGAUUACUUUGGAUACGACGUUCACUUCGUCAUGAACAUCACGGAUAUCGACGACAAGAUCAUCCUCCGAGCCCGCCACAAUCACCUAAUCUCGCAACUACGUUCGAAUACGAACGCCCUCACGCCGGAACUUGUGGAACAGGUUCUAACCUCAUGGAUGUCGUACGUCCAGUCCAAGGUCGGGAAGGGCCUCGACGAAGCGGAGCGUCUUGCCCCGAGCGGAGAAAAGGGGGCAUGGCCCACGUUGGCGGGACAGUUCCAGGACGCGACUUGGAAGAAGGCGAACCUCCAGCGCGACGAGAAGUUUGAAAUGCACUUCAAUGCUGCGAACGCAACGUACUCAGCUCUCGUCAAAGCGGAAGAGCAGCUCAAGUCUGGCCAGACGGGAGUGGAGAACGCUCAUGUUCUCAUUGACGUCUCCAAAGACGUCCUAGCCCUCACCCUGGACAAACAAUUGGGUGCCACGGUGAGCGAUCACACUAUCUUCCGGUCGCUUGCCGCGCACUGGGAAGGCGAAUUCUUCAAAGACAUGCGCCGCCUUCGCGUUCGAGAUCCCGACACGCUCACCCGCGUGACUGAAUAUGUCCCUGAAAUCGUGGCAUUUGUGGAAGGCAUCAUCAAGAACGGUUACGGGUACGCCAUCGAUGGCUCAGUCUAUUUCGAUACACGUGCCUUCGACCGCGCGGACAACCACUCGUAUGCGAAGCUCGAACCCUGGAGCAAAGGGAACCUUGAGCUUCUUGAGGAGGGCGAAGGCGCGCUUGGGGCGGGCACCAUGGGGCGCCGGUCUCCUGCAGACUUCGCGUUGUGGAAGGCGAGCAAACCGGGAGAGCCGGAGUGGCCGUCCCCGUGGGGUCCGGGCCGGCCUGGGUGGCAUAUCGAGUGCUCGGUUAUGGCCUCCGCGAUCCUCGGAGAGAAUAUGGACAUUCACUCUGGCGGCGUUGACCUCGCUUUCCCACAUCACGACAAUGAGAUAGCCCAAUCUGAGGCAUACCACGAGUGUUCGGCGUGGGUGAAUUAUUUCAUCCACACUGGCCAUCUGCACAUCGAAGGUCUCAAGAUGAGCAAGUCGCUUAAAAACUUCAUUACGAUCGAUGAAAUACUGCAGAAGUACACCGCGCGCCAGCUGCGCCUCGCGUUCUUGACACAGCUCUGGAAUUCCAAAGUCGACUUCUCAGAGACUCUCAUGACGGGAGAAGUACGCGGAAUCGAGAUUGCGUUCAAUAACUUCUUCACGAACGUCAAGGCGCUCGUCUCGCAGUCCGAGGCCGAGGGCCUGAAACUCGACGGCAAUAACCCAUUCCAGCAGGCCGAGCGCGAACUAACGGAGAGCCUCCAUGCCAGUCAGGCAGCGUUCCGCACGGCGCUCUGCGACUCUUUCAACACGCCCGAGGCGGUCAAUGUUUUACGCGACCUCGUGUCGAAGACGAACGUUUAUUUGAAGACACCCGGGAGCAAUGUUGACAUUGGACUGGUACAGCGCGUCGCACGUUGGGUGGGGAACAUGCUUCGGAUGUUCGGUCUAGGCGAAGGCGAAACAGCCGAGAUUGGAUGGGGCCAGGAACGAGGCGAAGGCGAGGGGAACCUUGAUCGCGAAGAGGUCCUCAUGCCGUACCUCCGCAUCCUCUCGUCAUUCCGUGAUGGGGUGCGCAAGCUCGCCAUCGACAAGGGCGACAGCGCGCUGAAGGACAUUCUGGCGCUCUCGGACAAAUUGCGGGACACGGAUCUCGUGCCGCUCGGGGUUGCAUUGGACGACCAAGAAGACGGCAAGGCGCUCGUGAAGCUCGUCCAGCCGGCGGAGCUCGUUCGGGCGCGGGACGAGAAGCGGGCGCUCGCGGAGGCCAAGGCGGCGCGCAAGGCGGCGGCGCAGGAGGCGGAGCGGCAGAAGCGGCUCGCCGCGCUCGAGAAGGGCCGCACGCCGCCCGGGGAGCUCUUCCGGCCGCCGCAGGUGCCCGAGGGCGCGUACUCGCGCUGGGACGCGGACGGGGUGCCGACGCACGACGGCGCGGGCAAGGAGGUGAGCAAGAGCGCGGGCAAGAAGAUGCAGAAGGAGUGGACGGCGCAGAAGAAGCGCCACGACGAGUUUUUGGAGUGGCAGCGGAAGGAGGAGCAGGCGCGGGAGUAG